AGGCGCGGGGCCGCGCGGCGGGGCGGGGGAGGGGAUCGCUGAUGCAAGAGGCGAGCGCGGCGGUCGUGGGCAACGGCCGAUCCCGUCCCUGAGAGUCCCGCGCUCCGCGCCGCGCCGCGCCCGGCCGCAGCCAUGUCGGGCGACGAGAUGAUUUUCGAUCCCACUAUGAGCAAGAAGAAGAAGAAAAAGAAGAAGCCCUUUAUGUUGGAUGAGGAAGGAGGGGAUACACAAGCGGAGGAGACUCAGCAGUCAGAAACAAAAGAAGUUGAACCAGAGCCAACAGAAGACAAAGAUGUUGAAGCAGACGAAGAAGACAGCAGGAAGAAAGAUGCAACAGAUGACCUGGAUGAUUUAAACUUCUUAAAUCAAAAGAAAAAAAAAAAAACAAAAAAGAUAUUUGACAUAGAUGAAGCAGAAGAAGGUGUAAAGGACUUGAAAAUUGAAGGAGAUGUGCCAGAGGCAGUAGAACCUGAGGAUGACCUUGAUAUCAUGCUGGGCAAUAAAAAGAAAAAAAAGAAGAAUGUGAAGUUUCCAGAUGAAGAUGAGAUAAUGGAGAAGGAUGAAGCUUUUGAGGAUGAAGAUAGCAAAAAAGAUGAUGGAAUUUCUUUUAGCCUUCAGUCAGGACCUGCGUGGGCAGGCUCAGAAAGGGACUACACGUAUGAUGAGUUGCUCAACAGAGUAUUUAACAUCAUGCGGGAAAAAAAUCCAGAUAUGGUAGCUGGAGAAAAACGAAAAUUUGUCAUGAAGCCUCCACAGGUUGUAAGAGUAGGGACCAAGAAAACAUCUUUUGUCAACUUCACAGAUAUCUGCAAAUUAUUACAUCGUCAGCCAAAACAUCUUCUGGCAUUUUUGUUGGCAGAAUUGGGUACAAGUGGCUCAAUAGAUGGUAACAACCAACUUGUAAUCAAAGGAAGAUUCCAGCAAAAACAGAUAGAAAACGUUUUGAGAAGAUAUAUCAAGGAGUAUGUCACCUGUCAUACAUGUCGGUCACCAGACACAAUCCUACAGAAGGACACCAGAUUAUAUUUCUUGCAGUGUGAGACCUGCCACUCUCGCUGCUCUGUCGCCAGCAUCAAAACUGGUUUCCAGGCUGUCACAGGCAAGAGAGCACAGCUCCGUGCCAAAGCUAACUAGUUUGCUAAUCAACACUGGAUUUUGCAAAGUGUUCUGGGGAGAUAUGACUGGACAGGUUUACGAUCGGAAUGGAUUUACCAUUGUAUUAAAACAAGAUUGUAAAAGCAACAGGAAAUUUGGCUUUUGAUUGGUCUGUGAAAUCCUUGCAAGAUGCAGAUCCUCAAGCUGUUCACAUACAUUUGCUCGUUGAAUAUAUUUUACCAACUGUAAGGAACGUGAUGGGAAAGGAAGUGCUUUUUAAUCCAUUCAGACUUCUGUAAAACACAAGAUAAAUUAAACAUACUAUAACAGUGA